AUUAUGAAUAAGGAUAAGGGACGUUAUUGGCUAUUCGCGGUUUUAACUUUCUUUUCCCAGUUAUACAGAUUUUUAACAAUAAUAUUAUAUUAAUAUCGCACUGAAAGCAAGUAUUUUGUGUUAUUUUUACACCUGAAUAACACGUCUUAAUUCGUGCAUAAUUAACCCAAGAAUAAAGCUGAAAAGUGUCAUAAACAUAUUUCGUAACACCUAAAUAAAUUUUUUCCAAAUAACAUUAGUUAAAUGGUUUUCUUUGCAAUAAUAGGUUUAUGCUUUUUUCCAGUUAAAACUAGUUUUGGAUAAGGCUUGAUCUAGUUUUUCUUCUCUUUUUUUGGUUUGAAAGUGGCAACAGCGGAAAUGGAUUUGGAACCACACUGCAGUCAAAAUUUUGAAGCAGAGUUCCCUACUUUGAGUACACGAGACAUGUACGAAUGUGUUGAAUGCGGUUUCGAGACUCAAAGCAGCCCAUCGUUAAAAUUCCACAUUAAGCUCCACAUUGACAAAGAUCUUUGCCUUAUGAGUUUUUCUAAGCGAUACGAUGUUUACAAAUACAGCUUAAUGCGUACAGGGGAAAAGCAGUUUUUCUGCAGUGUUUGCCAUUAUACCUGUUCCUACGAACAAAAUCUAAAGAGGCAUAUAUUGACGCACAAAGGGGAAAAGGUUUUUAGCUGCAACCAGUGCGAGUACAGAAGUUCUCGGCACGCUCACUUGAAAAGGCACAGUUUGACGCAUACUGGUGAAAAGCCACAUUCCUGCAGUCUUUGCGAUUUCAGAUGUUCCGUACGAUCCAGCCUCAAAACGCAUAUGUUAACACACACAGGGGAGAAGCCGUACUGCUGCAAUCUUUGCGAUUACAGAUGCUCUCAGACUUCGCAUCUAAAGAGCCACAUGUUGAAGCACACCGGAGAGAAGCCGUUUAAUUGCGGUGUUUGCAGUUUUAAAUGUUCACAACAGUCGAGCUUGAGGAAUCACAUGCUGAGGCACACACAAGAGAAGCUGUAUUCCUGCAGCCUGUGCCGUUAUAGAUGUUCAAGACCUUGCAGCUUGAAAAGCCACAUCCUCACACAUACAGGAGAAAAACCGUUCACCUGCUCGUUUUGCGAUUACAAGUGUUCACAACAGUCCCACCUAAAAAAACACAUGAUGACCCACACCAGAAAAGCACUCUUUGCCUGUCUAGUCUGCAGUUUCAAAUGCUCUCAAAAAUCCAUUUUGAAAAAUCACCUGGUAACGCAUUCAAAAGAAAAAUCCUAUUCGUGUGACUUUUGUGAGUACAAAAGCACACAACAGUCUAAAAUCACAGCUCACAUGGUUGUGCAUAAUGGAGAACAACUUUACACGUGUUCGUUUUGUGAUUACAAGUGCGAUCAGAGAUCUAAUUUGAAUGUACAUAUAUUAAUACAUUCAAGAGAAACCCUUGUGUCAUGUGAGAAGUGUCAUUAUAGCUGUGCUUCAUUAGACUAUCUUCAAAAACAUCUCAUGACAAACUGUCCUGAAAAUUCUAAAGUGCAAUGUUAAAAAAUUUCAAUUUCUAGCAUAACCACAAUAAUUUAAAGGACAGUGAUGUUUUGAGCAACACAUAAGAAAUGGAAAUUUAUAUUUCUCAAUUAGAAAAAAUCUAUGAAGAAGGAAAGAACAAAAACUAAAAAGACUGAAGUAA